AUGAUACAGAAUUUAUACAACCAGACGAGCUUCAGUAGCCCUUCCAACGACCAUGACGUUGGAGGUAGAGAAAUAAUAGGCAUUAUCUGUGCCUUGUACGUAUUUCUGUGCUGCUGCUUCUGCGGCCAACGCCAUUGCGAUGAGGACCAGCAAGAUCGACAAGUAGAGUCUAGCACCAACCCCACCCCCACCACCACCGGUGAUAAUAGGCUUGAUUCGGCGGUCCCUUCAUCGCUGCCGGUGUUCGUCUACUCCACAGCUGAUCAUGAAGGAAAGAUGGAGUGCUCGCUGUGCCUGACGGAGUUCAAGGACGGCGAGGUGGGUCGUUUCCUCCCGAGAUGUUGCCAUGGUUUCCACAGAGAUUGUAUCGAUGUGUGGCUCAACGCUCACUCAACCUGCCCGCUCUGUCGAAGCGGUGUUGAAUUUGGAACGCCCGAGACGGCUGUUUAA